AUGCUGGCUCACGAGGGAGGGCUUGCUGCCCCCGAAGAGAAAUCCAACACCCAUUCAAGUGAUCAUCAGAGCUCGGAUAAAGAGGGAGAAGGGCAACAGCAAACCCCACAACAACACAAGCUGACCACCCAUUCAAGUGAUCAUCAGAGCUCGGACAAAGAGGGGGAUGGGCAUCAACCGACCCAGGGGCAGCCGAAGCCCAACUCCCAGUCAAGUGAUCAUCACGGGUUGGACAAAGAGGGGGAUGGGCACCAGCAGAACGAACAGCAGGAGAAUCCCCAGGCAGAGCAGAAGGACUCACCCUGUCUCCCAGCAUACUGUGAGGUGUCAGAUCAAGGUACCCGCGGCCCUGAGGCUCGGCGACGACGGCGUUUAGGGUCGUCUUCUCCCGGCCCUGAGGUUCAUGCCCCUGAAUCAACGGCGAAGCGAAAGCGUACCCCAAGCCGUCGGGUGGUGGAGGCAGCUGAAUCCGCCCUGCUUCUGGAGGAGGUUAUGGCUAGCGAGGGCCUGGCAGCGCGCGCUGGCCCAAACAAUCCUCCCCAUUUCACCGCUGAUUGCCCUCAUGCAUCUUCAGAUGUUGCCCCAUUUUCUUACGGGGAGACAUACAGAGAUUCUGGUGGCUGCUUUGAUGAUAUCGUGGCGAGCGGGGCCGCCUUGAGUGGGGCCCUGCGUGAGCAGCAACAGCAGACAGUUUCAUCAGAAAUGUACAAAGCUCUAGGCCUAGAGGGAGCUGCAAAGGGUUGGGAACCACAGACAGGGAACCGGAAGACUGUCGACCGCAGAGGAGCGCAGCGGCUAAUGACAGAUUUAGCUGAAGAGGUUCCUGUCUGCCGACGCCCCCUAUUUGGGGCAGUGGAGCCCAGAGACCUUCUGGGGUUUGGCGUUCCUCUUAGAGAGGUCCUGCGCACUCAAGAGCAACAACGCAAGAAGCAGGAGAAACAGCAGCCGCACCGGGAAAGAGGAACAUUAGGGGAGGCGAAUGCGGAGCAUGAAAGGCAGCCAUGUGGUCAGGUACCAGAGCAACAGCAGCAGCAAGAAGGCGAGGCUCCGUCGUUUGUAGUUGAUGUGGCGGUGGUGGGUGCCGGGGUUGCAGGGCUGGCAGCUGCUGCUUACCUCCGGAGGUGCGGAGCGUCUGUAGUUGUAUUUGAGGGACGCCAUCGGGUAGGGGGACGCACUUUCUCUUCUGUGAUGCCGGAAAGAGUACUACCCGACGGCCGCAAAGUCGAACGUAUUGUGAUUGAUCUCGGCGCCUCUUACAUGCACUGUGUAACAGCACACCCGAAGGAGAGCGGGGGUGCGCCCGAUUGCCGUUGGCGCAGGGAACCAUCUCGAUCUGUCAGUGGCAUUGCGGCUGUGCUGCAGCCGUUAGUGGCAGAUGUGGCUGGGAAGCAGAACUGGGAGUCGACGCUGUUUGCAAGUUGGAGAGACGAGGCUUCGGGGAAAGAAAUACCUCUCCUUUCUGUAUUAAAGGUGCAUCAACUCCUUGAUAGGCUACGCGAAAGAACGGCUGCAAAGCUUUUGCACUUGCCACCGCCCCUCACAGAAACAGGGGGACCAGGGCCCCCCGCUGCAUCCCUGCCCAAUACCAUUCCCGCCGCAGAGUUUCUCUCCCCUCCCCUGGAUCAGAUACUACUUGCUGCCCUAGAGAGAAGACGAUCUGCCAGUAAGCGCAGCAAUGAGAGUGCGGGGGCCGCAGCAUCGGAGGCCGUCAAAGACCCGACCCACGGGCGUCAUUCAAGCGUUUCUGCCGAUCAGGAGGGAAUCCAGAAGCAGGAAGAGACCGACAUCCCCGUUGGUGGUUUGGAUGGCGAAGAGACGAAGGACCGCAGCAACCAGACAGCUAAUUGUGCUGCUUUGCAAACGGGCGACAGCGAGUGCGACGUGGGAGAAGAGGACAGCGCCCAUGAGCAACACGACACAACCGAUCCAUGCUGUCAGUGGGCCACAUGCUCAAAAGAGAGUGGCCUUCGCAGACAGAACAGAAACAUAUCGAACUCCCGGUUUUCGCCAUACUAUCCCUUGGGAGAGGCGUUCGUCCGCAGAGCCAUCAGGGCCUAUGGAGGAUGUCCUUUGUGCUGCACAGGGGCUUGUGGUGGAGCCUUGCGGCGGGCUGACCAGAGGCAUGGAGUUUUUGGAGACUCAGCACAGGGGAAUAGUGACAGUUGCAAAACUGAGGGUUUGUGGGGUUCGCCUGCCCCUCUUGUUCAGCCGGGAGGUUGCGCAAAGUCCUGGGGAACACCCGUUGGUGAUGUUGGAACUACCGACGGAGAGCUGACGCACUCUGGAGGGGCCUUGCAAACUGACUCGGCGGGGGAGGCGGGAGAUUCAGCCCUUUGCGGCUUGAGCCGCAGCCAAUCGCAUACAGGGGAUCUCACCACGGGUGCAAACGAUGCAAGUAAGAUGGACUCUCCUCUGCAGCAACAGCUAUCCAGGAAGGAUUUGGCGAAGAAGCAGUCUGGUGUUUGCACCAGAACCCGAGGCAACACCUCCCAUACCAGCAGCACAAGCAGUGGACAGCAACUCUUUAAGGGCAACCGCCCGAAGAAGAGCAACGCAACGGCAGGGGCGCAGGCGCAUACUCGGCUUGUCCCUCCUUUGUCUCUGCAUGACAACAGAGGCUUCCGUCGGUCUGCGUGGGAUGCCCUUCAGACUUCUUUGUGCGAAAUAUUGGCGGAGGCUGAGGCAGAUGAUGGGGUGCAGGCCGGCGGCGCAGGCAGCAGAGAAGGCAUUAAUAAGGAUUGCCGCGCUAUCAGGCCCCGUAAGCCUCCUCCUCUUACUCCUGCAGAGGCUCGCAUGCUGCUGGUUGUUUUGCAGUCUAAAUUGGGGUACGUGGGUGACCUUAGAGAGCUACCUUUGUCUGCAGUGAAAAAUUAUCCUUACGAAGUUGCUGGGGUAGAAGCAGCAGUUCGAGAGGAGCUGCUUACCCCACAGUUGGGGCCCCCGCCGGUGCCUCUAGCUGUGCCGCCAGCUCCCAGCAUGCAACGACUUCGCAUGCAGCAGGCUGCGCUAGAAACAUCCCUGCAGCAGGAACAGAAUGUGCAUGUGUAUCCUUUUUCGGCGUCCUCUGCCAAUUCUGCUGACAAACUUGUGGUGAAUGGCUGGGGGUGGUUACCUUUGUUCUUGUGUCUACAAGUUUCCCCCUUUGUCGUAACGGAAGCCACUGUACAGUCAAUAAGUGUGAAGGAUCGUCGCCGCCAUACUCUAGAGUGCGCAGACCUUACUUCUGCUGGCCCCACGGAAACGUCGCGCUCUUCCCUUGGUGAAAAGGACGGCUCUUCUGGAGACGGCGGUUGGGACACACCGGAUGAGGAUGAGGCUGGUGGAGGCGGGAGUCUUCUUGCGGAUACCCAUCCAGUACGCCUUCGGAUCGAAGUCAACCGUCGCCUCCGCCAUAGUGCCUCGCAUGGACUCCCGCAAGCGGAGAAACAAAAUGAACCGCCAACACACAUUUGGGCCCAUGCCAAGUAUUGCGUAGUGGCUGUCCCAUUGGCACAGCUUGCACAAGCACCUUUGCCGUGCACGCGAGUGCCAGCUGGUGAAGAAAAGCUCCCACCAACUCUUGGCCUCAUUGACUUUUCGCCUCCCCUGGGGAUGGACAGGCGCCGCGCUCUUGCGCGGUACAGGAUGGGGUGCCACAAUAAGGUGGUCAUCCGGUGGCACCCAGACGACGUUUUCUGGCAUGGACAGGGCCUGCAAUUGAACUGCCUUGAUCAGAAGUUUCAAUUCCUGAACCUCCACGCCUAUGGGAAACCAGGGUGCCUUCUUGCACACUGCUUCCCCCCAUUUUCCAUUGGGUAUGGGGGUCUUCACACCGACCAAGAGGUGGUAGCUGAAGUGCUGGCACUACUACAGCAAAUGUUUGGCAUCUCUGACGCCUCUUUUCCCCGACCAGUUGAUUUUGUUGUUUCACGGUGGGACGAAGACUGUUUUUCUCGAGGCUCGUAUUCCACCCCGGGGGUGAACGCGUACGAUAACGACCUCGACAUUAUGAGGGCUCCCCAUCCAGCGCAUGAUCCUCGUGUACUGUUUUGUGGAGAGCAUCUUAGCAAGGCCUAUUUUCAGUGUGUUGAUGGUGCAUUUGAUACGGGUCUGCGUGCUGGGGAGGCUGUUGCUCACGAGUGUCUGCAACUCCCGCUUCCCCCCAGAGAAGAUGGAAGAAAUUUUGCAUUGGAUUGCUUUUGCCUGCCUCCAGUGUCAGCUCCAUCUGUUCCUCAACCCCUUGACAGCGGCGAGGUUAAUCAGGCCCAGAGGGCAAAUAAUGCCAGUGGGGACGAACAACAUUUUAAUGCACCAUCGAGAACCUCUGGGGACGACUCGUGCCAGCAAAUAUCACAAGAUGUGCUGCCGCAGUGCCCGUUCUCGGGAUUUCCUAUGCCACCACUACCCCGCGUGCUGCGGGGUCAUUACUUAACAGAUCAGUCAGACUUAGGUCUAACAGACGCAGAGGGGGAAAGCUGGGCAGAUGCGGGAAGCGGUCGGCGCAACCCCCAGACCUGUGAGUCCGAGCGGAGGUCCCCACAGGUUGCGGCAGCUGAAGAGUAUUUUAUUUUUCAUUGCCUGUCCUUCAUAAGAAGGGGCAGUGAGAGGCUCCUUAAGGGGCUGGCUGAGAAGGGUGAGGACGUCCAGACUAGCGGCUCCCGCGUAGAGCAGCUUCCCGUUGACGAUGUUUUCUUCGAGGGAGAGCCGGUUUUUGAUGCGAGUACAACACGGUCAUCGGGAGAUGGGGACAACGAAGCUUCAAAGGGUGCGCCUCCUCCGGUGCCGCCAGUACAGAUUUUAUCAGGGGCCGCACUCAGCUUCUUACAGCGCCUGCCUACGGCUGCUCAGCGCCUUUUUUACAGGACUUUUCUUGCGGAAUUCCCCUUGUCAAGUGGUGCCGCACAGCGGGAACCAAAGGGAAAGCACACCUCGCCAGAGCAGGAGCCGCAGGAUAGCAAGCAUGAAGGGCCAGACGACCAAGAACAGCUUCAAUUUCCUCUUCUAUCUGACUUCCUUGACGCCCUCCUCCUCACCACGAGCAGCACUGGCAGUAAUGAGCAUAGCCAAGAUGCUACUCCCAACGAGACGGUACUCUUGUUGUCCCAGACGUUUGCUCGCCGUCUCAAGCGUGGGUAUGGCGGCAAGGCCUUAGACAUGGAGGCUUUCUUGUUGUUUUUGGCGAAGAAGAACAGCCUGAUCCGAGAUGUAGUGCUCAGCCCUAUACGCGCCCUGGCGCAUGCAUUCCCGCGAAGCAGUGAAGGAGGAGGACCGCUGAGCAAGACUGAAAUCUCGGAGAUGUCUUCGGCACCAUCAGCAUCAUUGGAGCGAUUCGUAAAGGAAUUAAUGCUGCCCGCUCUCCCGGCGCAUGCACGAAACACAAGGCCUCCUCGAAUGGCGGCUGUCUCGGUGGGCGUGUUGCUGAUGGAGAGCCUUGAGAGGCUUUGUGCUGCAAUCCCACCAGCCAGCAAAGAGCAACUGAAAAAGAGAGCCACCGUCGUAGAAGAUUUGGUGCUGAAGAAUCUCGCAAACAGCCAGUUUGUUUCAGCCAUUGGCAGCAGCGGGAUGACUGGCGAAGGGCCACGAAGAGCAGAGGGAGCCGAGCCAUCGGAUACCUUGCAGCAUGAGCAAUUAUGCUGGCUUUGCCGAGGCGAAGGGGAUUUGUUGCUGUGCGAUGGUCUGCCACCAGUUGCUACAUCUUCAGGCGCAACUGUUGGAAGCGACUCCUCCGACUUGAGCCCCUCAGCAGCUGCUCCAAGGCCGUGUCGCCAUGUGUUCCACAUUGGGUGUGCAUUUCCCCCACCGACCCCAGCAGAACUACAGCCAAAUGCCCACUGGAGCUGUCCACUGUGUAAAGCAAAGGCUUUCAGAGAAUGCCAGAAAAGUCAGCACUGUGGAUCAGACCGGCGCCAACAAGAUGGAGAAAACGCGCAGGAGCAGCGUCGUCUGCAAAAUGGCAAUGGACAACAGGAACCCGCAGAGCAGUCAGCGGGCAGUGCUGGUGUGAACGGCGUUGACGGGCUCACGAAGAAUAGAGAAUUUGGCGGGGAUAUGCUGCAUUACAUCGUGGAGUCGGUGGAGCGCCUAGCAGAGCAAGGAACCGAGGAGAGGACUGCGCGCCAGGCCCAACGACAGCUGGCAGCGUGUGAAGAUUUGCAGAUGGCUGCACUAAAGCGGCUGUUCGUUGACAAAGCUCGAAGCCUUCUUGCUCGGACUAGGCAACUGUGCAGGCGAUUGGAAGACCUGCAAACUAUGAGGACGAAGUCUUGGGCGGCAGCGAACCGCAGAAAGCUGCGCAUGCGCUCGAGAGCUGCCUGCCGUGAACAUCUGAACCAGGAGGCUUCAGAAUCUAUGGAGCACUCAGAUGUGAGAGUACAGAACCUUUCCAAACACAAGCAAGUGCCACCUGCGGCCAGGCGUGCAAUUCAUUCAUGCUCACCCUCAAAAAGCAGAGGGUCUUCGGGGCAGGGAACGCAGGCGAAUAGGGACGGGGGCACUGCCGAUGCCACCGGGCAGCGUGACAGCCACGCAUCAACAACUGGCACCUCUGCAACAGGCAGAGAAGGACAGCCUUCUCAGUCUGGAGGGGACGAGGAGCUCACUCGCCGCACGCGCGCCUCUGCAGUUGCUGAAAAGCCUGCAGGUCAUGAUGCAGCUACAGGAAUCACCGAAGCUGAUUCAGAUCGCGCGCCGACGGCCAUGCCAGCCUCGGAGCAAAUGCAAGCUGACCGCGCUGAUUCGGGGGAGAAAGACGAAGAUGAGCCUUCAUCGGGGGAAGAAGCAGAUCGUUCUAUGGAUCCUUUUGCUGUUGCUGCGCAGACACCCAGAUUUGCCAAAGCCCUGAGCUUGCUGUCUCACGUCCAAGCAACGGAUGACUCCGCCUUGCCCCUGAGCGUCUCAGUGUUGCAGCACUUGCAUCAUUCUGCACGUGGCUGCUGUUGUAACCGAAAGAGUGAGCUUUCCCGUGAAGAAGCGCGACAGGGCGACGGAGGCUGCUGCAGCGCGGACAGAAAAGGCUUGUGCAGCUGCAAAGCUGAAGCUGCAUUAAAGGACGGCCACUGCCUAUGUGUACGAUCGGCUCGCAUGGAUGCAGUGGCUGCUCUUAGAGGUCUUCUGGUGUUUGGGAAGCACAAACGUACGGCUGCAGCCCGGCGGAGACGCCGUUUUAGCUGUCUGGCACCUCACGUUAGCUCGACACAAGCAGAAAUAGAGGCCCUCUAUCAAGGUGAACCGGCGUGGAUGAGUCGGCUUGUAAGACCCUCGAGGAGGCGGCGGCCUCAACAACUCCGCACAGCAUCUAGAGACGUAGUGGAUGCAAAGGCUUCCAGCAUGCAGCAUUCUCGUCAGCAAGCUUCGCUGCACGCGGCGAGGCUUCAGGCUCAUCAGAGCUACAGGCAACCGAAUACGAGUCCACGCCAAGAGAAUGCUGCCGACGCGCAGCAGCGUAUUGCUGAAGCUCUCCAUCAUAAAGAAGCGGGGGCACCAAGCACCGCAGCAGCAUCUGCACUUGAGGAGUCCCAGGGGCCCCUUGGUGCGCAGCUGCCUUCUCCCAUUUCGGCGCAGUAUUUUGCUCCUCCAGUCUCGUCUGCUGCGUCGCAAGGGAGGCAACCGGCGGCAAGCGCCGCUGCCCUUCGCUCACUCUGGCAACUACUACAGGCCCUACGGGAGCAACAGCAACAGCAGCAGCAGCGGCAGCAGGAAUACUGGCAAACCGGAAGAGUCAGUGGCAUUCCAACGCCUCAACCGCUUUUGCAGCACCAGUUGCAACAGCAGCUACAGCUGCAACAGCAACUGCAGUUGCAGCAGCAACUGCAACUUCGCCUACAACAGCAACUGCAAGAGCAGCUCCAGCAACAGGUGCAACAGCAGCUGCUGCACCAGGAGCGAUCUGCACCAGCGUUGCGAUCUUCACAGGGGAGAUGGCCGCCACCAGCAGUCAGCGGUGGUGAAGGAAAUCCUGGAUUAGUGGAGCAGCGUGCGCUACUUCGUACUACCCAACCACAGGCUACAUCCGUUCCUCAAGCUGUUGCAACUCCAGGAAUAGAACAGCAACUGGAGCGCCAGCUGCAGGAGCUGCUAAGACGGCAGCGAUUCCAGGCUUCUUUAAGGGGCUUGCAACAGCCGUCGGGAGGAGUGCCGCCAAUUCAGCAGCCAGCAAGCAGUAGCCAACCGCAAGGACCGCUGCAACAGCAACUUCUGCCGGACAGAGUGCAACAAGCGCAGCAGGGUGAGUCCGAGCAGCAACGCUUGAGGGAACGUUUGCUCCGUUUACAGCAGUUACAAAGGCAACUUCUUCUUCUGCAAGGACGGCAGCGAACUGAUUCUUCUGGUGAAGGCCAGGCAUGA